AUACGGCAAAAAUAUGUAUCUGACAACAAAGUGAUUAUUAUAGGCACAGGAAGCCCGUAUCACCUUAAUUCGUGCAUCUAGUCUUGAUAGAGUUGUAAAAAAGGAGAGAUAGAAGAUUCUUUUUUUUUUUUUUAAUUUAAUUUAUUUAUUAUUUUUUUUUGCCACUGAAAGGCGUUGGAGUGGGGGGCAUUUUCCACAAAUUAAACAUGCUACUCUGCUUCGCCCUAUAAGCAACCAGGAGCCUGUGCUUAACAAUCAAUUGGUACAGUCAAACAGAGCUGCAGCCUGCGUUAGAGUGGAGACCUUCAGUCUCGCUUUAUUUCUGGAUAUUGGGGGACCUCUCUACCAUGUCAUAUCCACAAUUUGGAUAUCCUUAUUCGUCUGCUCCACAAUUCCUGAUGACAACCAACUCUCUGACCACUUGCUGCGAGUCCACCGGCAGAUCCAUAGCCGAGUCCGGAGUAGCAGCGUCCGGGCAGACACCAGUCUACUGCCCCGUGUAUGAGAGCCGGCUGCUGGCCACGGCGAGACAUGAACUCAGCUCAGCCGCCGCGCUUGGCGUGUACGGGAGCCCCUACACCGGCAGUCAGGGCUAUGGGAAUUACGUUACAUACGGCACGGACGCCUCGGCUUUCUACUCGCUGGGCCCAUUCGACACUAAAGAGGCCACAGCUUCUGCGCAUGCGGGAAUAACCCAGGCAACAGCGUACUAUCCUUAUGAUCCUACAUUGGGACAGUAUCAGUACGACAGAUACGGUUCCAUGGAUGGGGGAACGAGGCGGAAAAACGCCACACGCGAGACAACCAGCACCCUGAAGGCCUGGCUGCAGGAACACAGGAAGAACCCGUACCCGACCAAAGGGGAGAAGAUCAUGCUGGCCAUCAUCACCAAGAUGACGCUCACGCAGGUCUCCACAUGGUUCGCCAACGCCAGGAGGAGGCUGAAGAAGGAGAACAAGAUGACGUGGCCGCCCAGGAACAAGGGCUCAGAGGAGAAAAGAUACGAAGAUGAUGAAGAUGGGUCUCAGGAGGAGCAGAUAAAAAGCGAGAACAAUGAAGAUGAGACCAGAAGUCGGCCUGAUAAGGACCUCCAGUUGAGCGACCUGGACGACUUCGACACGCUGGAGUCUGAGAGCUCUGAGUGUGAGCUGAAGCAUCGAUACCACAUGAACACACACAUGUCAACGACGGGCGACUGCCCCGCCGAACACCUCAUCAAGGACGCGUCUCUGAAAAUCUCCCUCCCAGUUUCUCUGGGAGGCGAGCAGGACUUGAGUAAAAGUUGUCUGAAAACGAGCCCGGAGGAUUUCCAUGCGGACAGCAGACAGUCGGCAAAGGCGUGUUACAACCAACAGCAGCAGCAGCAGCAGGAGCAGCACGGCCACCAGAUAUUAGACGGCAAGCCUCGGAUCUGGUCUUUGGCCCAAACUGCGACCUCCCUAAACCAGACUGAGUACCCGUCGUGUAUGCUUAGGUGCCAGCCGCCGCCCUCCUCCCUCACCCCCUCGCCCGCCGCUACCUCACCCGUGACCGGCCUGGACAACAGGCAUGACUCGCCGGUCACGACCCUGAGAAACUGGGUGGACGGGGUUUUCCACGACCCCUUGUUCAGGCACAGCACUUUGAGCCAGGCUCUGACCAACACCACCGUCUCUUGGACCACGAACACCAAAGGCGCCGUCCUGGAGGCUGAGAGGAGCGCGGCGGCCUUGCAGCAGCACCAAGACUCCCCCAAAGACAGUGCCACGAGCUUCCCAAAAACUAUCAACAAACUUUUCUGCUCGUAACCAAAUGACACUUUUAUUGCAAAAAGCGAGAGAUAUAGAGACUAUUUGUGACUGACUGAAAGUCGGCUGGAAAAGCCUAUUUCGUCUCCACGGUUCCCUCAUUAUGUUUGAUUCGGUUUUUUUUUUUAAACGCAAUGCUAGCUACUGUUACAAUGGCGUUACAUGCGUGAAAUAUCCGGAUCGGUUUGGCUUAUUUGAUUUAACGCACGCACAGAAAUGUAUAACUAAAAGUUUACAUCUAUGGGGGAAAAAAAAAAUAGGUUUACAUGAUUUUUAUUUCUUCUUUAUUAUGCGCAUGCAAAUGUAAUUGAAUAUUAUUUAAGUCUCAGCAGUUGAGGAUCACUAUUAAAAGAAGAAAAAAAAAAGUCUCACAAAUGCACAGCUCUGUUAGGAAGUGGCGGAGAGCGUCUCAACUUUGUUCACUGAAAAUAAAAGCAGUCGGUUUCUGAAGAGCG